UAGAUGGAGGAAAGGACUGUUUAAAUACCAAAUGCUAUCAUUAAAUGACGUCAUAGUGCGUACUAUUGUUCCUUUUAGCAAAGUCGUCUCAUGAAACACGCGUGACUAUAAAACACUACCUUGUCUACGUUUAUCUCCCAUGCAAUAAAAGAUGUUCCUGAAUAUAGAUCGCUACUGGAGAAAAUUAUUAGGGAUCGUCACUCCCAUUGCCUUAUCCCCUCUCUUAAUUGUCAUCGGCACACAAGAAGCAAAAUGCGCUUAUGCAAUAUUGUGGUUAGCAAUUUAUUACGUCUUCGAACCCAUACCUAUACCCGUUACUUCGCUUCUUCCAGUCCUCCUUUACCCACUUAUGGGAAUCAUGAGCACGGACGAAACUUGCAAGUUGUACUUCAAGGACAUAAUCAUGAUGUAUAUGGAAGCGCUCAUAUUAGCAUUAGCUAUCGAGUAUUGCAAUCUGCACAAAAGAAUCGCAUUGAAAGUACUGCUGCUACUAGGAACCAGCAUCAGGAGAUUAAUGAUUGGCUUUAUCUUAGUGAGCGCGCUUCUUUCCAUGUGGUUAAUCAAUACGGCUACGACGGCCAUGAUGACACCCAUCGUGGAUGCUCUAAUUAUCGAACUGAAAGAUAAACAGCAGAACCCUUCGCUUCCAGAGAAGAAUCGCAAAACCAUUGCAAGAGCGGAAGAAGAAUUUCAAGAAAUAAUCGACGAAGAGAGCAACAACGAUAUAUACUACGAAAGACUUCGUACGUGUUUAUUGCUAAGUAUCGCUUACGCUUCGACUUGCGGAGGUACCGCAACGGUUAUAGGUACCGGUGCAAAUUUUGUCCUAUUGGGAUUAAUAGAAGAGAAAUACCCAAAUUCGAAAUUAACCUUCUCUACGUGGUUGAUGUAUAAUGCACCCACCAUGGUUAUCUGCGUUAUUGCCGUCUUUAUGGUUCUUCAGACUUUCUAUGUUGGAUGUCGUUUCAAGAGUAACAAAGAAGAAGAAAGAAGACUUUCGAUCGUUUUAAAGAAGAAGUAUGAAGAACUCGGAUCUGUUUCAUUUCACGAAUGUGCCAUUCUCUUCAUAUUUGCUUCGUUGUUGAUUACGUGGUUCUUUAAAAAUCCGAAAUUUAUCGAAGGAUGGUCCUCUAAACUCAUACCAAAUAUCAACGUAAGCAAUGCAACUCCGGGAGUAGCGGCCUGUCUUUUGCUCUUCUUGAUCCCUGCAGAUCCUAGAAAUUUUUCUAGAAGUAAAUCACUCAUGAAUUGGAAAACUGUAGAGAGGAAACUACCUUGGGGAGUAUUGCUACUAUUCGGUAGUGGUUUAGCUGUCACAGAAGGUGCUCAGAAAUCUGGCUUAUCGAUAUGGAUCGUCGAUCAGUUACGAUAUUUGAAUGCCUUAUCGCCCAAUGCAAUCCUCGUCAUCCUGUGUCUCCUUAUCGCAAUGAUCACCGAAGUCCUGACAAACAUGACGACUGCAACUUUAUUCCUCCCUGUGGUCAAUCAAAUGGCAAUUGCAAUCGGUGUAGACCCUCUUUUUUUCAUGCUUCCGAUUACCAUUUGCUGUUCUUUCUCCUUCAUGCUUCCUAUCGGAAAUCCUCCGUGCGCCAUUGUCUACCAAGCAGGAGAUAUGAAGACUUCGGACAUGAUGAAACCAGGGAUCUUUCUAAAUAUUAUAUGCUGUCUUAUUGAAAUAAUAAUGGUGAAUACCUUAGGGAAAGCGGUAUUUGGAUUCGAUAUGAAAAUAAACAAUAAAGUCGAUAUUGCUAUUUAUAAUAGUACUGUUGCACAGUAAUGCAAUGUUUGUGUGUCCUGUGAAAAUUGUUCGUUGUAAUUUAAACAGAAUAAAGUUUUUUUUUUUUAUUUUUGAAAACACAUUGAUAAUCAAUUAUUCCAUAGGAUUCUGGCUAUUACAAAAAUAUUAUUUAUUUAUAUUUACAUUAAAUGCAGCCCCAUCGAGUGAGUGACUAGUCGGUCCCCGAAAAAGUAAUCUUAUCCAUAUAAAAUUCCAAGAAAAACAAAUAAAGUAAAAAUAUAAUUACAUAAACAAACAUAACACAAUAUUGGUUACAGUGUAUAAAGGUCGAACAGUGUUUAAUCUACAGGUGAUAGUAGGAUAUA